AUGAAUAUCAUAAUUUGGAACUGUAGGGGGGCUUUAAAGCCUUCCUUUCAAUCUGAUAUCAGAGAAUUGAUUACUAAGUAUGAUCCAGCCAUUUUGGUGAUUAUGGAGACCCAUAUAGGUGGAGACAGAGCCAAGGAGAUUACAGAUAGGCUGCAUUUUCAAGGAGCUAUUCACAUAGAUAUGAUUGGUUAUGCUGGAGGCUUGUGGUUGUUGUGGAAUGCUGACCAAGUGGAAGUGUCUAACCUUACAUGUAUUGAGCAGGAGAUUCACGUCAUUGUCAAGGUAAUUUCCUCAAACUUAAGUUGGCUUUUUUCUGCUAUUUAUGCUAGCCCUAGGUUUAGGGAGAGAUGCCUUUUAUGGAAUAAUCUAUCCAAUGUUGCCCAAACUCAUAAUUUACCGUGGAUUAUUGGUGGUGACUUUAAUGACAUGCUGUCUAGCGAUGACAAGUUUGGUGGCAGGCCUAUUAUUCCCUCUAAAGCCUUAUUGUUCAAGGAAUGCUUGGAUGAUUGCAAUAUGGCUGAUCUUGGAUUCCAAGUCCCAGAUUUACUUGGACUAAUAAGAAUGACAUCACUUCUUUGA